GAAAGAAGAGGAGCAGAGGUGGAGAGAGGAAAGAGGAGGAGCAGAGGUGGAGAGAGGAAAGUGGAGGAGCAGAAGUCGCCGGACCGGUAGAGCAGUCUUCCAGUCUUCUCGAUCGUCCGGAGGACGACACUUCAGAAUGGAUGUUCCCGACCAUUUACCUACUCAAGAAGUAGGGUCGUUCAUUCACACGAAGAUAAAGGCCGUCCAACCCUGCAAUGUUACUCAGGAUCCAGUCAAGGCUUCUUUACCAUCCCAAGAAAUUCCUGAAAAACCACCUGACGUUCAACCAAAGAUUAAAUGGAGGAAGAAGAAAAACAAAAAAAGAAAGAAGAGAAUGAAGAGAAGGACACGGGAGGGUGUCAUAGACCCACCUACCACAUCGGAGAUCAACGCGACUCAUUCUCAUAUCCAAAACAAACGCGACCAAAAACUCCACAAGGUGGAGAGAAGACGUAACAAAAGGACAUCAGGGCUCAUCAAUGACUCACAUACUGGGCCAGCAUCAUGGAAGGUGCCUAAGGAGGUCCUUAUAGGUUUCGCCAUCUUGGCUUGCAUCGAUCAGACCCAAUGUCUCUAUGAUCGCUCCGUGGAGGAGGGACUGAUGGCAAAACCGGACGAUGACCCCCACAAUGGGAACAUAAAAGUCUAUAAGCGCUCCGUGGAGGAGGGACCGGGGGUGACACCAGAGCCUCAUAGAAAAAACAAAAAUGAUACAUUCCCCUGUAUGGAGUCUGUUUCAGUGUCGGAGUUUCCCAUAAUCCUUCACCGGGAUGAACUGAACUUUACUUUCCUAGAACCCAUUUACUGUCCACACAUUGUCCCCAUUUUCCCGUCCUGCUUCGCUUGUUUUAAAAACAAAUCUGAGCUGAACAUUUCCUGCAGGAUUAGCAAUGAAGUGGUUAAUAUUCGGGUCGAGCACGGGAAGGGGUAUAGAAUCCCCGACAUGAUUACGAUGGACGGAAGUGACUGCACCAUAGAGGACGGAUCGGUGAUGGUGAAACCAAACUAUGAGCCUCCCAACGAAAACACAAAUGGAAACCUAGAAGGAAAGAAGGAGAAAAGGAAAGAAACCGAAAAUCCUAAGGAUGUGACACCCAGCAGGAGCAAUGGAGGGCAACCAUAUUGUAUCUUCCUUCUUUUGAUACCCCUUGGGAUCCUUUGUACAUUUGGCAUUAUAUCGGAUCAAGUCCGCCGCGGGCUGCUCUCUGACCAGUUUCAGAAGACCACCACCAGUUCCACCAACUCUACUACUGCAACUGUAGUCACUCAAAUUGCUCCGGACACUUGGCAACUAUGGGCAUAAAAAAAAGAAAGCGCUUUAGGGCCAAUUUCAUGAAGGGGGCCCCAAAAAGUGUCUUUUUAAGUCCGUUAUUCUCCCUCUGCUGCUUUUUGAACAUUUUCUAUCCCUGCUGGGUGAGUGGGCUCUUCCUAGGGUCGCCACCUUUCUUGCAAAAAACUUCCGGCCAUGCUAAUUUGCAUAAUUAAUUAUAUAUGCGUGACAUCACAGGAUACACAU